ACUGGCUGUUAGUGGCAGCCUGUAACAACAGCAGCAUCAGACAAGAGAUAACAUAAUGAUGGAAGAAUUUGAAGACAGUGAAGCUCCUCCUGCUGAGGAUCUGACUCAGUGCAACACCUGUAAAAGAUGGUUCUUCCCUAAAGUCCUGGAGAAGCAUUCUAAAAUCUGCCUUAAGUCAGCAACCAAAAAGAGGAAGGUUUUUGACUCCAGUCGACAGAGAGCUGAGGGUACCGACCUCCCCACGCUCAAACCCCUCAAACCAAAGUCACAAAGUUCAUCUUCUACUGGGAAAGCAGAACCCCCCAAGAAACCAUCCAACUGGCGCAAGAAACAUGAGGACUUCAUCGCAACCAUCCGCGCCGCCAAGGCCGUCACUCAGGUCAUGAAGGAUGGGGGUCCAUUACCCCCUCCUCCUCCUCCUACUUAUGACCCAGACUAUAUCCAGUGCCCUUACUGUCAGCGGAGGUUCAACGAGGGCGCAGCUGACAGACACAUCAAGUUCUGCCAGGAGCAGGCCGCCCGUAUGCCCAGCAAGGGCAAGUUAGGGGAUGCCAAGAAGCCUCCUGGUCGCACACAGAACAGGCCUCCUGCUUCCGUAAAGAAGGCCAACGCUCCUGCUGUGUCAACCAUCCCUUCUGCCUCCUCUCGUUUACCCCAGAGGUCAGGCCUCGGGCAGCCUUCUGGGAUCCCAUCCAGUAAGGUCUCCUCUGCAGGGUCAGUGAGGAGCAACCCCUCCGGCCUCACAAGCCCUCCAUCAGGUGUGGGCAGUAAGACCCGAGCAGUGAGCUCUGGCUAUGGCUCUGUGAGGAACACUCAGUCUGGAACAGCACUGAACAAGAAGAAAGUAGACAGCUACAUAUCUAGGAAUGACGUCGACGGCGGUAACGACAUCGGUAACGGUGGGAUGAAGAGCAAGUUCUGUCACGAAUGUGGGACCAAGUAUCCUGUUGAAUCUGCCAAAUUCUGCUGCGAGUGUGGGGUCAGGAGGAUGUGUAUCUGAUGGAGGUCAGAGGAGGGAGAAAGUAGAAGAACGUAUGGGGAUGCACCGGUACUCAACGAGCAUCAGACAGUUUCACCAAAAGCUAAUCCACCUGUAUUUUCGUACUUGGGGUCUAAUUUCACGGCAGUAAAGUCGUUUAAUCGACAGACAACCCUAUGGUGCUGUGUUCUUUUUAAAUAGUUGCUCCUAAGUCGUCGUGGAAUUUGCUGGUAUAUUAUACUAUUAUCACAUCCUGCUGAAUCGUAAACAGUUUCUGAGUAGCACACAUUCAACACAAAUAUAAUUACAUAAUCUAAAUUAGAACUAUGAUUACUAUGACUGAAGGCUGAUGGAUCUCAGUGGUGAAUUGAUCUGAUAAAAAGUUGUUAAACUGUGUCAAGGUUCAUACUAGUAGCUGAUAUGGCUGGCACAGGAUCAACCCACGUAAUUAGCCUCCUUCUCACACGUGAACAUUAUUGCCGUGAAACUAGAGACUAAGAAUUUGGAAUGAGGGAAUAAGAUUUUCAGUUUUUAAAAAAAAAAUCGGUCAUAGGACUCUUGCAAAAAGAUGUCACUGUCGCUGGGCAGUGAGUAAAGAGUUCAGCACGCUAUAGAGAGUCCGUACCAGCAGCAGUUGGAAGCUAUUGGUGCAUCCGUAGUAGAGAGUAAAGAAGAGAUGUCUAAGAGUAGAUAAAAGCAGAGAUGGGUUGUAAAAUGUGAAUGAGGAGGUAAAGGACAAGUGUCGGGUGACUCAUCAGCGGUGAUGAGGAAGAGGUGGGUGUGAUUGCUCCUGUAUCUCAGUCCCAAGUCGACCGUGAUCUAAAAUGCAUUCCUCAAUCCCAUUUGCCUUUCCGCUUCCUCACAAACAGACCACGUUCCUAUUGAAGUGCAAUAUGAUUGACUACUGAAGAAAACGAUGCGGUUUUCUAAAAAAAGAAAGUGCGUUGUAACUUUGAAAAGACAUCACUUUGUUUUGACGGGGGACCAGUCCAACAAUGAACUCACUGUUAACAGUCAGUGCUCCCUUUAAGGUCACUUUACAGGCUAAGUUUGUUUCCAGCUAUCUUGAUGUUAACACCGUACGCCUGGUGUUUUAUAGACAAAUGUAGCAUUUACUCAAACCCUUUUAUUUCCCCUCAUUUUAUACAAUGUAAUUAUUUAUUUUCUUAUUCCCUUUCAUUUCACUGAAAUGAACAAUGACUGCAUCUUUUUUGUUUAUGCUCUAUGGAGUUAAAAUGUCCUCUUUUUUUUGGAUUUGUACGAAACCUGAAUGCACCUGGAUGUGUUGCAUCUGCUUUUUCCUUGACAGUGUUUAUAUUGAAUCAGUAUUCAGUGCAUUGAAGGUAUUUAAUAGUACAGUAACACUGCAGUCAUUUUAAAUGCUCUGUACGGGUGAGGUCGAUCUCUCUAGGUUCAUGUAACAGACACUAUUUAUUUAUGACCCCACACAGUUCAGUUACAGGUGGGAAAGGCCUCUCCUUGAGGUGUUCAUGGAAUGCCAAACUCUUCUAACAGUGAAUAAGUACGAUAAUCCUUGAGUCCUUUAAAAAGUAAGGCAUUUGUUGCAAGCUUCAAGAAAUGUCAAGAAAUUUCCUGUAGUGAUUACAACAGUUGUGGAGCCUGGAUGGUGCACUCGAUGGCAUGUAUAUCACCAUCAAUAAAUUUCUAUUAAGACAGC